AUGCCCACUCUAUCGCUGCCGUGCGCGAACUGCCAGGACGCUGGAAAGUCUAGCUGCAAGAAUUGCCGCCUUGUCGUUUAUUGCGGUCCCGACUGCCAAAAAGCUCACUGGCAUUUCCAUAAAGCCGAUUGCAAAUCAGCCCUGAGUAAAGCAACUUGGACUCCCAAUUGGGUCCUUAAUAACAGAACUCCCGCAUUCAUCAGAGGGGGGAUAGGCGUCACUUUUGGAGGCAAGAAGUACCUAUGGGGGAAUGUUCCGGCCCUUGACGUCCUUCGGCUUGACUCAAAUGAAGGAGAUAACUAUCAAGGCCAAUUGAGCCUGCUGUUUGCGGCCUCCGGCGACUUGCGAAAUCUUGUCAAGACUAUGGCUCAGCUUCCUGCAAGCUACAAUCAGCCCAUUAACAUCACAAUGAACGACCGAGAUCUCGAUAUAGUAGCACGGAAUACCAUAAUGCUGCUUGUAGCGCUUACAACCGAAAGCCAAGAUGAAACAAUCGAUUGCAUGAUCCACGUUUGGUAUUCGGCCUUUAUCCGUAAGGCCGACCUUGACAUCCUCAGUCAGAGAGUUCGCCCUCUUAUUGAGAAGGUUUGUGAUAAGAUUAGAGAUAAACCUGCCAAUAGCAUCUUGGGCAAGACCUGGACGUUUGGUCAACAGUCUCUCAGGCUUGUGCUCGAGAAGUCGUCGUGGGAUAGGCUGUUGAGCUUCAUGGAGGUUCCUGUCGGGUUAACAGCUAAAAAGGCGAACGAAAUACGAACAGCUGUCACACUCGCUGAAUCUCGAAUAGAUUAUCGCGAUCGCUUUUUUCUUUUCCUGCCUUCUUCCCAUCGUGUUGCAAGAUAUCGAUUUCGGCAGGAUGGACUUCUUCUCCCAUUUGGGGCUUCACGUAGCGAGUUCCAGCAACCAAAUCCAACAUUCUUCCAGACUGCAGACAGCUGGCCGAUGCACGACAACGCCGACCCUAUGAACGGCUGGCCUGUGAAGGAGAUUGAGUCAACUUCUACCGGACUUGCAACGUCUGACAUCUAUGGAAAACUCUUUUAUCAUGUCAAAUUUGCAUUAAGGACAUUUUUGGAGCGGAUGCAUAACUUAAGCAUAGCAUUCGAACUUCUUCAAGUAGACGCGUCUGAUCUGCCUGGCCAUCUUGAGAAAAGGUCUUUCGAUCGAAUAGAGGUCUCCAAUAUUUCAGAUGGCGGAUAUCUUGGUAUCCAUCAAACCGUCGGCAUAAUGUCGCCGUUGCUCCAGGCUCCCUCCAACAACCCUCACGCAACCCUCAUCACCUUAUUCAUGAACAUCAUUGACGAGAACAUGACUGAACAAGAUCAAAUGGCCGAAGCAACUAUGCAAAGCCCAUCAACAAGGCGUCUACUCAAAUUCCUCCCGCCUGACCAUCCACCAAUCAGUCAACAUGACCCCGAUAUUAUCAAGUUCUCAUAUGCUCGUGAUUACGUCAGGACUUACGACCACAUUUUUGACAGAGUUGCGAACACGUUCGAGUUCUCACGUUUCCCUCAGUUCAUAGGAGCAGCGAUGAAAGAAAAACAUACUGUUGUUGAGAAAUGGCCGUUCCGGCUUAAGCUCGAGCCAGGACAGAAAGGAGCAAAGGAAGAAUUUGACCUCAUUAUGAGAGGGGGGGCGAGUGGAAAGGAACGCUACAUCGAAUGGAAGAGAAUUCCGAUGUAG